AUGGAACAGUACCAGCAAAACCACCAGGGAGAGGACAUGGUGCAGAGGGAGCAAAUCGUGGCCAUGGCCAAAUUUGUCCACUUCCUCCAGGACAACUUCGCUUACCCCGGUUCUCCUGACAAAGACGUCAAAAUGUCAGAGGCCCUCAAGAGACUCGCCGUCAAGUACAAGGAGCACGUGGAGGACAAUCACCUCGGCUGGUUCGGCGGAAACGGAGACGAUCUGGGCGGACUGUACAGUGAAUACUUCUCGUCCAGCAUCCUGAAGCUGAUCAGAGAGCUGCCGGCCCCCAAUAUCCAAGACAUCAGCAGGGCAAUCAAUAUGCUUCGUCGCGAGGAGGCCGAGCACGAGGCCAGAGCUCUUGGAGGCCAGAUCGUCUAUCCUCAGGCUCUCCAAGCCAACGAGACCACAAGCGCCUCGAGCGCUGUCAUGGGACACUACUGCAUUCAGGUCCUGGAGAAUGGUGUUGUCUCUGCACUCAACCUUCACGGCGACGGCCCUGUCACCAUCACUGUUGUUGUCCAGAAGAGGGGCAAUCCCAUCCCCAACCCCAACUACAACCCCAACUACAACCCCAACUACAACCCCAACUACAACCCCAACUACAACCCCAACGUGGCGAUCCAGAACGGAAUGGCCUAG